CAAAAUCAAAAGUCAGAACGAGACAGCAAAAUGAGGAAACGUUUUCAUCACAGCCUGAGUCUACUUUUCCUUUUCCUGUCAGAGACCUUCAGCUCUUUUGGUCGAUCUUCAGUUCAGGAAGUGAUCGGUGCUGUAGGCGAGUCUUUUACAUUCCAUACCAGUGUCCCUGUUUCUGGCAAUGUAAUUUAUAAAACUAACACAAUUGGACAGGUAUUUAAUAAAUACAGCGACACAAACCUGAGUGAGAAGUUUGUGAAUCGUCUUCAGUGGGACAGUCAGAGUGGGUUCUUCACUCUCACAGACCUGAGAACAGAUGAUUCAGGACUUUACACAGUGGAGAGCACUAAAGAGCCGCAGGGAAAACAGGAUUAUCAGUUGGAGGUGUACGAGAGAGUUUCAGCUCCUCAGGUGGUGAAAACAUCCUCCAGUUCUUCAGAGUUCUGUUCGUUGCUGUGUUCUGUGAGGAACAUUAGAGGACUGAAGCUCUUCUGGUCUAAAGACAAUGAUGUUUUAUUAAACUACACCAGCAGCAGCAACUCAUCCAACAUCACACUGAGUCUUCAUCUAGAAAUAAAGAUGGCGGACAUUCACACGUUCAGCUGUGUGGCUUCCAACCCAGUCAGUAACGAGGCAACCACAAUCAACAUCACACACUACUGCUCUCUGAACUCAGAUGUAGUUUCUCAUCAGCAGAGGACUGUGAUUGUUCCAGUUGUGGUGUCUGUGCUUUUAGUCAUGCUAGUAAUCGUGAUGUAUGUGUAUCUGUGGAGAAAGAAAUUAAUUGGACCCUGUCGGCGUACAGAAGGCAGAAGAAAUCAUGACUCUGUGUGUGACAACAGAAGUUUAUUACCAGGUUUAUGUACAGUGAUUGCAGCAGCAGCAACAGCGGAACAGAAUCAACUGGAACUGAAGACUGAUCAUCAGAUUAUUAUCAGACCAAAGAAAAGAUAGUGCUAGAUAUUUUAUUGUUACUUUUGUUUUACACAAACACAGUCAUCAACGUGGGGUGGCAUGGUUAGCACCAUUGCCUCACAGCAAGAAGGUCCUGGGUUCGAGCCCAGUGGCCAAUGGGGGCCUUUCUGUGUGUGGAGUUUGCAUGUUCUCCCCGUAUCUGCGUGGGUUUCCUCCGGGUGCUCCGGUUUCCCCCACAGUCCAAAGACAUGCAGGUUAGUGUUAAUUGGUGGCUUUAAAUUGACCGUAGGUGUGAAUGUGAGUGUGAAUGGUUAUUUGUCUCUGUGUCAGCCCUGUGAUAACCUGGUGAUUUGUCCAGGGUGUACCCCGGCUCUCACCCGUAGUCAGCUGGGAUAGGCUCCAGCUUGCCUGCGACCCUGUAGAACAGGAUAAGCAGCUACAGAUAACGGAUGGGGCAACACAAGGAGUGUGAAUGUGAGUGUGAAUGGUUGGUUGUCUCUGUGUCAGCCCUUUGAUAACCUAGCGACUUGUCCAGGGUGUACCCCGCCUCUCGCCCAUUGUCAGCUGGGAUAGGCUCCAGCUUGCCUGCGACCCUGUAGAACAGGAUAAGUGGCAACAGAUGGAUGAAUGAACAGUCAUCAAUUCAAUAGUGUCUAGCAAAACAUUUAAUCAUAUUUAUAUUAUUUUCAACUAUAGAUGACACAGUUCUUUCACAUUUGCAUAUUCAUUUACAUAAUCACCAACCUAACUAAUCACCUAGCACUAUUUGAAGAACUCGUAUGAGUCUUUUUAACUUUACAUUCACAUGAAAAAGUGUGGAGAAAGUGACAGGUGAUCGUUCAUUUUCUCUGCAUGUGUAUAAAAUGGACCUGAGAUUUCAGUGAGAACUAAACUGAAGUGUUGUUAAGUCUAUGCAAAUUAGGCAUGCUCCAAAAUUCAUUUUUUUGGUCUAUUCACUGAUGGCUGGUAAAGUGAAACUAUUUUUCAACCAGCCUUUGAACAAAGUGUACUCAGUGAACUUGUGUGUUGUAGUGAUGAAAGUUUGUGGUGAAAUUGGCCUCUUUCAGCCGAUGGAGACUCACCUCGUUUAUUUUAUUCACCAUCGUAGAUUUUUACUCGCAUAUGAUGAGAGCCAGGUGAUAAUUUUAGACCCUGAAUUUAAAAGAUAUCUCGCCUUAAAGCCACAAAUGAUUCCUCAGACCAUUCAGUUCUCUACUCUCUCAUUCAGUUCCAUUUACUGUUUGACAUAAAUUUUUGAAAAAUGUACACA